AUGUUCACAAUCUCAAACCGCAUUUUCAUACUCUCAAUUAUUAGAAACCAAUCUAUCUGGUUGCAAUAUGUCAUUCCCUGUAUUGAACCCUGUAAACGCCACCCCUGCCAUUGUGCCGCCGCCAAUUGGAACAGUGCCAAUGGACCCGCCACCGGUCCACUCAUCUUCGCCGGCGCAACAAAGCAACCUUCAACACCACCAUCGGCACCUCCUGCAGUCCAGCGUCAAAGAGAUUCACUGCUACCGACAAAGGGCAACAAAUCGUGGAUGAACGCCGACAACAUGUCAAACGGAUUCGAUCGGCAACAUGCGUCCUUCCUGAGCAGCAUGUCGGCGGCUGCCUCUAAGCUCGGCUCCGGCGCAGGCACCAAACGCUCGCUCGCUCCACCAUCGCCGUCGCCCUCGGUCGGCUCGACCACCUCUGUCGCCGCCGGCGCCGGCAGCCUGACCCCGCGCAAGGACCGCCACGACACCCCGAGCAGCAGCAGCAAUGCCGCCAACAGCAGCAUCGUCUACUCGCAGCCCGCGCUGACCGGCACCGGCGACAGCAUCAUCUCGCAGAUGGCCUACGCCGUCACGUGGCUGCGCCAGAAGGGCGACCCCCAGUCCUGCGUCGACGUCCUCGGCUACCUGUCCGCGACCGCCCGCCCGGAGAAGGAGCAGGAGUUCUUUGUCGACCAGAUGCGCCGCCACCCGCAGAUCCAGUGGAUUCCCGACCCGGCCCUCAGCGAGCAGACAUGGCGCUCCGGCACCUACGUCCACCGUCCCGCCAUCCCCGACGUCCGCACCAAGACCCAGCUGCUGGCCUAUCUGCAGAAGAAGACGGACGCGAGCGGUGUGUCGGUCAAAGAUCUGAAGGACGGCUGGCCCGAGUGCGAGGCGGCGAUUACGGAGCUGGAGUCGGAGCAUAAGGUGCUGGUGGUGCGGGCCAAGAAGGAUGGGGCGGCCAAGAUGGUGUGGCUGGAUGAUUCGAGUCUGUUCCACGAAGUUGAGCCGCAGUUGAAAUUGCUGUGGGCUCGUGUCGAGCUGCCUAGCAUUGAGAACAUCGUGCCCAAGCUGGUCGCCGCCCAGCAGAAGCCGGCGUCGGAAGACCCGCGUAUUAAGGCGAGCCAGGCGCCGAAGCAGGACAAGAAGAAGAAGAGGGUGCAGCGGAAGUCGGGCAAGUCGACGAAUACGCAUAUGGAGCACUUGUUGAAGGAUUACAGCCAUAUGAAGCGCUGA